CUCUUUUAGUCCUGCUUUGUUCAUAACUUGCUUGAUAACAUCAUGAAGAAUAUUAAGGUCAAUCUUGUUCAUUUCUUAUUAGCAUUGAGCUUCUCAUCUCUAUUCCUAACGAUUUCGGCACAAACGAAUAAAACUGAUGCGGAGGCACUAGGUUUAUUACUAACUACUUUCGAGAUAGUAUCAACCGUUGAUCCAUGUCUUCCCACACCAUUACCAGGGAUUGAGUGUAGCUCCGAUGCUACACCUCGAAUAAUAUCAUUAAAUAUUAGCGGUGCUGGAUUGUUUACAAUGGUUCUCCCGGAUUUUAGCGCCAUGGAUGCACUUGAAAUCAUAGACUUCAGCGAUAACAUUAUCGUACAAGAAUUUCCUGAUUUUCUUGCCAACUUCCCUAAAUUAAAAGUGUUGAAUUUGGCGAAUAACUUUCUCUUUGGAACAGUACCUACAUCAUUACUGAGAAGAUUAAUUGAAAAUACGUUGGAGUUGACGUUGACAGGAACGGGAAUGGUAAACUUGUGUUUUUCCGACGAAGAGAAAUGCAGAUUUGAAUCACCAGCAGGAGCACCAGAAACACAACCAAAUUUCGGACGAACAUUUACAACUUUCAGCCAGCCGCCGCCAAGUAUACUAGGCGACGUAGGAAAGUAACCCCUAUGCUCCUCCAAGUCAUAAAUCCAUAAAUGAACUGACUAUAAUUUUUCAAGCAAUUGGAUUUUGUAAAAAUAUUUUCAUAGUUGGCAACGCGUGGAAUAAAUUACCAAGAUCCUGGGUUUGCAGCACAAACAAUUACAACUUAUCAUGGAGUAAAUGUUGAGCAUCAUACAUGCCCUCGGCUGUUAAACUCUGUUCGGAUUGAAGAUUGUGUAUUUCAUCUUAAAUGUUCUGAUGAUUGUUGUUGAAUAUGUUUAAUGAAUAUUAUAUAUCUA